CGCGUCCAUAAAAAGCAGCCUCACAUCAAAAGUUGAGCCAAUCAAAGACCUACACGUGGUCUCUCAUGCCUUGAAACCCUCCCUCCAAAUUCCCCCCAACCUCAUCGUUCCUUCAUAAACCCUAACGAUCACAUCACGAAAUUUACCCUUUCCUUGCCGAAAAUGACGGGAGGUAUCGACAUGACACUCGAUGAUAUCAUCAAGAACAACAAGAAAUCCGGAAAAACUGAUACCGAUACUAGGUCCAGAGGCGGAGGCCGCGGCGGUGGCGGUGGCCGUGGUCGCGGUUCCGAAUUCGGUCCCGGCCCCACCAGACGUGUUGACAACCGGGUUACACCCCGUAUGAGCCCGUACUUCGCUCCGCAGGCUUUUCGUGUGCAAGAAAUGCUUGUUAGAGGGCAUUCCAAUUCUGAAUCUGGGACAAAGCUUUACAUCUCGAACUUGGACGAAGGAGUUACUAACGAGGAUAUUAAGGUGCUGUUUUCAGAAGUUGGUGAGUUGAAAAGGUACUCGGUCCAUUAUGAUAGAAGUGGAAUAUCAAAGGGAACUGCAGAGGUGGUGUAUGUGCACCAAUCAGAUGCAGUUGCAGCUAUGAAGAGAUAUAACAAUGUACAGCUUGAUGGCAAACCCAUGAGACUUGAACUGGUUGGAUUGAACAUUGUUACCCGUGUCCCCAUGCCAUCAGUGCAAAAGGGUAUUUUGGGAAAUCCCACUAAUCCUUCUCCAAGAAUUGUUGGAAGAGGGCAUGUUGACAGCUUUGGAGGUAGAAUUGCUGGAAGAGGGCAAAGGCGUGGUGGUGGUGGUGGUUUCGGUGGUGGCGGUGGGAGGAGUGGAAGUGGGAGGAGCGGUGGGCCUCCAAAGAUAAUGUCAGCUGAAGAGCUUGAUGCUGAUCUGGAGAGGUAUCGUAUGGAAGCAAUGCGUAUAAAGUAA